AAACUUUUUAUAUUUAUUGAGCGUAGGGUUCCCGUCCUUCGUCGCCGGAAUUCGAUUUGCAGCGAGAGAACGAGAGCUUUAUCGAGAUGAGCAAGUAUGGCCUUCAGCUCAGGCAGCCGAAGAAGCCUCCGGCACCGGCGAGGCCUCCUCUCCGGCCAUCCGCCUUCGCUGCCGACGACGACGAUGGUGUCGAGCAGGAGAUUUCCCGCCAGGCAUCCAAGAACAAAGCCCUCCAAAAGAUCGAGGAGCAGCACAAGAAGGCAAUGGAGGAGGAUCCUUCAGUGUUCGACUAUGAUGGAGUUUAUGAUGAGAUGAAGGAGAAGAUUGCCCGUCCAAAGUUGGAGGAUAAGUCUGAGAGAGUACCAAAAUACAUUCAUUCACUUAAGGUGGCAGCAGAAAAACGUCAGCGCAACCAGGAAAUUGUUUUUGAGAGAAAGCUAUUGAAAGAGAGGAGCAAAGAUGAUCAUCUAUAUGCAGACAAGGAAAAGUUUGUUACAAGGGCCUACAAAGAGAAGCUUUUGGAGGAGCAGAAAUGGCUGGAAGAAGAACGGAAGCGCCAAAUUCUUGAAGAAAAGGAGGAUGUGACCAAGAAAAAAGACCUGAGUGAUUUUUACUUUAGCCUUAGCAAGAAUGUAGCUUUUGGUGCUCGGGUGGGGGAAAAUGCAAAGCCUGCAAAAGACAACCAGGCAGAUAACCAUAUCCAAGAACACCAAUUUAGUCUGCCAGAGACUGAAGUGCAUCCCAAUUCUUCUGAAGGGGGGAAGGGAGUCAAGGGUCAAGCUGAGAUUUCUCACCCUCAGGGUCUCCCAGAGGAUGCAGCUCAGGUGGUAGAGAAUACUGUGAGUGAGGGUGCUUCUGUUCAUGGAAACCCCCAAACAGAGCAAGCAUCUUCCGAUCAGAGAGGUGAACCUUACAAGAGAAGUGAGGACGCCUUGGCUGCUGCAAGAGAGCGUUUCCUGGCUCGCAAGAGAGCAAGAGAACAAGAAUGAAGAUGAUCAUUAUAUAUAUAUAUAUAUAUAUAUAUAUAUAUAUGGUGGGCGCUUCCAAUGAUAAUGUUGAAGAAUAAAAUAAACACUAUGGAGAUGAUUGAGGAAUGAAGAGAGAUCUCUCGAGAGCAGUGACCAAGUGUUGUAUAUUAAUAUAUUUUUUUUUUUAAAUUUUUGUAACCAGCAUUGUGGGAAUGGUGGAGCUCUUCUUUCCAUGCAAUUGCACGCCAAUGAAGACCAGUCAAGCUCUUCUCCACCAUUCUCAAAGUCACUGAUUAACAUGCAAAUUAGCAAUUUAGCAUGAACUCAAAAAACAAUUUUAUUGCAUCUCUGUUUUUUAUGUUUUAAGAUAUACUCACUUGUAUAAGUUUCUCCAAGAACUUAGAUGUUGGAAAAGCUUUA